UCCAUUAAAGAAAUGAAAAGCUCACUAAAAAAGGCAACUUCUCCGCAGAAUUGAAGAAGAAGAAGAAGCUAAGGAGGAGAAAAAUGGGGUUUACUUUGAUUGAUGAGCUGCAGUCAUGGCAAAGUGUGUAGCUAGCUAGCCGUCAAUGGCAGCUAAGUUUCCGAAAGGUGAAGAGAAAAGAAUGCUGCAAGGAAGGGCGGCGAAGGCGGUGUUUUCCGUUGCCGGAAUGACUUGCUCUGCAUGCGCCGUCACGGUGGAGAAGGCCGUCAAGAGACUCCCCGGAAUCACAUAUGCGGCGGUUGACGUCUUGAAUAAUAGGGCUCUAGUUUUGUUUUACCCAACUUCUGUCAAUGAGGAAACAAUCCGUGAGACCAUAGAAGAUGUUGGGUUUCAGGCUGUGUUGAUUGAGGAGGAAACAAUAGAGAAAUCUGCCACAGUUUGCAGGAUUGCCAUAAAGCAAAUGACCUGCACUUCUUGCUCCACAACUGUUGAGUCUGCUUUGGAAGCCAUUCCAGGCAUACAAAAAGCACAAGUGGCAUUAGCAACUGGGGAAGCCCAAGUCCAUUACGAUCCGAAAAUGUUGACCUACAAUCACAUCCUGCAAGCCAUACAAGACACGGGAUUCGAGGCAAUGCUGAUUAGUACAGGGGAAGAUACAAGCAAGAUAGCAUUGAAGGUUGAUGGAAUGGAAGGUGAAAAUUCCAUUAUGUUGAUUGCAAAUUCUCUUCAAGUGCUCCCGGGUGUUCAGGAUAUUCACAUUGAUCCUCAGCUCAAUAAGGUUUCUAUUUCUUACAAAUCAGCUGUAACAGGACCAAGAGUUUUUAUUCAAGUAAUCGAGUCGAUUGGCUCUGCAGGGAGCUUCAAGGCAAAAUUAUAUCCUGAUGAAGGAGAUAAAGAAACUCACAGGCAGCAGGAAAUCAGUCAAUAUCGUCGGUCCUUUCUCUGGAGCCUUGUUUUCACCAUUCCUGUUUUCCUAACCUCCAUGAUCUUUAUGUAUAUUCCUGGAAUUAAAGACCUCCUUGACACCAAAGCUGUUAACAUGGCUAGCAAUGGGGAGAUUCUGAGGUGGUUGUUGUCUACUCCGGUCCAGUUUAUAAUUGGCCGACGUUUCUACAUUGGUUCUUAUAAUGCACUCCGGCAUGGAUCUGCAAAUAUGGAUGUGUUGAUUGCACUGGGGACAAAUGCAGCCUACUUUUAUUCUGUCUAUUCAGUUCUGAGAGCAGCCACUUCUUCAGAUUUUAAGUCUUGUAGUGAUUUUUUUGAGACCAGUUCAAUGCUCAUCACAUUCAUUCUUCUGGGGAAGUAUCUUGAAGUGUUGGCCAAAGGGAAAACAUCAGAUGCAAUUGCCAAGCUCAUGGAGUUGGUGCCUGAGAAAGCGAUUUUGGUAACAAGUGAGGGCAGUGAAGAAGAGAUCGAUAGGCGAUUGAUACAGAAGAACGACGUGAUUAAGAUCCUUCCAGGUGGUAAAGUUGCCUGUGAUGGCAUUGUUGUUUGGGGGAAUUGCCAUGUGAAUGAGAGCAUGAUAACUGGAGAGUCCAGGCCGGUUGCUAAAAGGGAAGGUGACGUUGUGAUUGGGGGAACUGUGAAUGAGAAUGGAGUGCUGCAUAUUAGAGCAACAAGAGUUGGUUCAGAGAGUGCACUUUCCCAGAUUGUUAGGCUUGUUGAAUCUGCACAAAUGGCUAAAGCUCCUGUCCAGAAAUUUGCAGAUCGUGUUUCCAAAUAUUUCGUGCCUCUGGUUAUUGUUGUCUCGUUUUCGACUUGGCUUGCUUGGUUUUUAGCUGGAAAGCUGAAUGGUUACCCCAGAUCAUUGAUUCCUGCUUCUAUGAAUAGCUUCCAACUCGCCCUUCAGUUUGCCAUUUCUGUUAUGGUCAUAGCUUGCCCGUGUGCCCUUGGCCUUGCAACUCCCACUGCAGUUAUGGUUGGCACUGGGGUUGGUGCUUCUCAAGGUAUACUAAUCAAAGGCGGCGGUCAAGCAUUAGAAAGCGCACAUAAGGUGAAGUGUGUAGUUUUUGACAAAACAGGAACUCUAACAGUUGGCAAACCAGUGGUUGUAAAUACUAGGUUGUUGAAAGCAGCAAUGACACUGCAAGAGUUCAAUGAAUUGGUGGGUGCAACCGAGGUGAAUAGUAAGCAUCCUUUAGCCAAUGCAAUUGUUGAAUAUGCAAAAAAGAAUAGAAGAGAAGAUGAUGAGGAGGAGGUAUGGGUAUGGCCUGAAGCUCGGGAGUUCGAAUCCAUAACCGGGCAUGGAGUGAAAGCUGUUGUCCAAAAUAAGGAAGUGGUUAUAGGAAACAAGAGCCUGAUGGUGAGCCGUGGCAUUGCCAUUGGAGAUAGUGGUGAGGAUAUAUUAGCAGAAACUGAAGAGUUGGCUCAAACUGGGAUCUUUGUGGCCAUUGAUGGAGAGCUUGUUGGAAUUCUUGCUGUGUCAGAUCCUUUGAAGCCCGGCGCGGCUCAGGUCAUUUCCAUCCUGAAAUCUAUGAAGGUGAAGAGUUUGCUGGUAACAGGCGACAAUUGGGGAACAGCGAAAUCAAUUGCUAAGGAAGUUGGGAUCACUGAUCUUGUUGCAGAGGCAAAACCUGAAGAUAAAGCCAAGAAAGUAAAAGAACUACAGGCCUCAAGCAAAGCUGUAGUGGCAAUGGUGGGAGACGGGAUCAACGACGCUCCGGCGCUGGUGGCGGCUGAUGUGGGAAUAGCAAUCGGCGCCGGCACAGAUAUAGCCGUAGAGGCGGCGGACAUCGUGCUCAUGAAAAACCACCUUGAAGAUGUUAUUACUGCCAUCGAUCUUUCCCACAAAACCUUUUAUCGUAUCCGUUUGAACUACUUGUGGGCUUUGGGUUACAAUCUCCUGGGAAUUCCAAUAGCCGCAGGGGUUCUUUUUCCGUUCACCGGCUUCCGCUUGCCUCCGUGGAUCGCCGGAGCAGCCAUGGCGGCCUCGUCGGUGAGUGUUGUGUGUAGCUCUCUUUCCUUGAAGAAUUACAGGCGCCCAAAAAAGCUCGAUAGGAUGGAGAUGGUAGGAGUAACAAUCCAAUGAUUGUACGUUCACUACACUUGUAUAAUAUAUAUACUAUUUGCCUUUGAUUUGUGAUCAUUUAUCUAUUGCAAGCGCAGCCUUAGCAUAAAUAAAAUAAGCAGUAAACAAAA